AUGACAUCCCGACCUCGCAAGAUAAAUCAACUGCGAGUACUCAACUGGAACACUAACGAUAAUGAUCGGUCUUCAUCACCUCCGAGUCCGAACCUUACCUAUCACACCCGCGACGAUGUGACCGAUAACGAGACACCUGCUAGCUUUCCCGAUGACCUUCCCCCUGCCGGUGACCUUCCUCCUACCGAUGACUUUGCCCCUUCAAAUGACUUUCCUGCUGGGCAUUUCCAAGAUGACCAAGAUUCCUUUAGACAGCCUGAUGAAGGCUUCCGCAGUGAGACACUUUCACCCGCAGCCUCUAGCGAUUCCUUUAGGCAGCCUGAUGAAGGCUUCCGCAAUGAGACACUUUCACCCGCAGCCUUUAGCAACAACGAGAGCAAUGAGCAGAUGGGUGACGAUAUGAGCAUCGAUUCACCAUCUCACGAUUCCGACGGAGAGGUGCACGGGCAGGGGCAGGCAUACACAGCUACAGACAGUGACGGGGAUUCAGGCGGUGAAGAUGAUGAAGAUCUAUUCAUUGUAUUUGAUUCCCCAAGAUGCAGUGUCGUCGUACUGAUCAUCGCACAGCCCAUCGGAGAAGUCAGCAGAGUACCUCAAGAAUCUCGACCACUUACCUUCCUUGAACUGCUUGAAGACCUUAACGCCUCCAGCGAUGAGGAUGAACAACCAGCUUCUCCAUCACCAAGUCCAGAACCGCAGGACCUAGAGCGGACACCCUUACCAGUCCUUUCCCAUCAAGCUCAAUCACCGGCUCCCUCCCCAACUCCGUCAUUUGAAAUAAUUGUCCAGCAAGGUGGGAAAGACACCCUACCUCCACCACUACAUCUGGCAUUAGGCCUAUGGUUCGAGAAGUCGGGUGGGUCGCGGGCAGACUACGUAAGACUGCGAGAGGUUUUCCAGCUGUCGAAGCCUUCAGCAGCAGGGAGCUCCAUGGUUGAGGAAGGGAAUGAGGACUCGGAACUAGACAUGCAUACCCUCCCGUUGAAGCUAGAUACACUGAAGCGGCAGAUUCGUCGACAUAUUCCCUUAUUGCAACUGUUACGGAAGCCUCUCACAGUCAUGAUCGAGAAACAGCCAUCACUGCCGCAACGAGAGAAGGGUAUGCAACGACAAAGCAUUGAACGUCAAGCAUGGCAAUAUUGGUAUGAACCCUUGGACCUUAUACGCACCAUACUAUCAGCGACAUAUCUACGCGAAAAAAUGUUCUUCGGGAUGGCACAGUAUGUGGAUGAGCCGACAGAGCUUUGGCAGUCACAUGCAUGGGGAUCUUCCAUUCGGUCAACGUCAGGGGAAGUUUGUCAUACCCAGAAAAGGGCACUUAUCAUUCCUGGGGAUCUAGUGCGAAUCCGUUCAUCUCCAUAUCGUAUCGGACGUGUGAUAUUCAUUGGUCGCGAUUAUCGACAAGGCGCAACAGGACACAUUGUCAUAACAUUGCAGGCAGUUGCAGACCAUGGAGCAUCUAUUCUCGACAGCUUCGACUUGAAUCUAGAUAAUGAGCAUGAGCUCUUUCUUAUAGAGGAUGUUUUGCUAGAGCAGACUCCGCAAUCUAUCACCCGACAUCUUGAUAUCUAUUAUGAUCGUGACUUUGGAGGAGAUGAAGAAGAGGUUGUCUAUCCAGACGAUCGUCGCUUCAUUCGAAGGGUUCUCAAUUUCAAUUCGUCUACUAUACGGCCUCUGCGUCAAUUACAUCCGACCCGUGGCGAGCUCGAGAUAGCACAUUUUGGUCGUGAUUAUCUCGAAGCCGUUGUCGCAAAAUCUCCUAUCAGUUUUCCCUACCUCCUCUUUGUUGAUGAUUUCGGUAUUCACAGAAAUAUGUACCGUGCACUUAAAGCAUUUUAUCUUAUCCCGGCAUGUCUAGACUACGCGGAGCGUAGAAAACUUGCGAAUGUGUUUACUCUAUCCUUGGGACCUCAUGGUGCCAACAUCAAGGACGUGGUGGAAGCCUUCCGCAAACCCAUACAGGAUCUGGACCGUGGGAUAGAGCUUGAAGUCAAUGGCGUUACGGACAUAUUUUGGGCUUUCGCCUUGACAUUUCUUGGGGAUAUGCCCCAGCAGGCAGACAAUGGUGGCUUCAUGAGGCAUACCGCUACUAUGGGCUGUCGCACUUGCUAUUGCUCGAAAGAUGAGAGGGCGAAUUUGGAUUUUGAUAUCGUAGGGAACGGCAGGUAUCAUUGGGAGACUACUCAACAACGCGAAUUUGCUGGAGAUCUCGACGGUGCCGAACUCAAGGAGUUCAUUCAGGAUACCGGUAUACGACUCGAUGCCCCCCCAAUCGCGAAGCUGGCGCCAUCCUUGGAUCUCAUUCAGUCUAGAGCCUAUGACGCUCCCCACUCGGAGUGGAGAGGUUUGGGGAGGAUUCUCCAGGGAUUCUUGAUGACUACGAUUCUCACCAAGCGUAAAUCUACUACCUAUCUCAAGGCAUUUUAG